AUGUCGACGUCUGCGGCCGACCGCGACGCCUCUGGCAGUAGCAGCAGCAGCGUCACCGACAGCGGCAGCGACGAGUCGACGCCGCCCCAGUCGCCCGCACCGCCCGGCGCUGCUUCGAAACGCGCUGCUGCACUGCCGUCCGCGUCGUCGUCGUCGCUGUCCCCUCCCCGUAACGUGCCCGCCCGUCGCCCGUCCGUCGCCCCUGUCGGUCGUCAAGCAGCGAUCCACGCGACGCCUACGGCCCCACGACGGAAACGGAAAGCUGCGUCGCCUCGUCAACGCGUCGAUGCGAGUGCGACGGCUGCGCUCGUGAAGCGAAGAAGGAGACCGGGCGAAGGCGCUCUCCGCGAGAUCCGACUGCUGCAGCGCUCGACGAAGCUGCUGCUGCGGAAGUUGCCGUUCGCACGUGUGGUGCGGGAGAUCCAGACGGAGUUCACAGGCGUCGGCUAUCGCUGGCAGGCCGAGGCUCUCUUGGCGCUGCAAGAAGCAGCGGAGACGUACCUCGUGCGCACGUUUGAAGACGCGAACUUGUGUGCUAUCCAUGGGAAGCGCGUGACGCUGCAGGUCAAGGACAUUCAGCUGUCUUUGCGGAUCCGCGGGAUUCGGCCCACGGCCUCGUAA